AUGGCUCGCCUGCAAUUCUCGCUAUUGUUACCUGUCUACUGGGCAUUGCUCUCCUGUGCUCUUCCUGCUGUCGAGGAGCGUGACGUAGCGGCUUCGCUACCGAGCAAUGGAACAGCGUCUGCGUCGAGUGCAUCCUCGGCGACUUCGGCUGCAGCAUCACCGUUGCCUGCCUCGGCCUCGGCCUCCGCACCGCCCGAGUCUCAAACCGUGACGCCAGCUUCGUCAGACCCAAACGCACCUGUAUGGCCAGUCGGCGACACCAGCCUCGAGGAUCCUCAAGCUACUCGAGGCAGUCUCGGGUCUGACAUCCUUGGGCCUAAUAACCUGCAAAUCAGUCAACAGAAUCCAGACUUCCUGGCGCCUCCGACCACUGACAACGGGGAUGUCUCUAACGCGAAAUGGCCGUUCGCUAUGUCGCACAAUCGCUUGCAAACAGGAGGUUGGGCUCGGCAACAGAACAUUGAAGUUAUGCCAAUUGCAACUCAGAUGGCUGGUGUGAACAUGCGCCUUGAGAAGGGAGCUAUUCGUGAAUUACAUUGGCAUAAGACGGCAGAAUGGGCGUAUGUUCUCAAGGGCACUACUCAGAUCACCGCCGUCGAUAUGGAUGGCAAGAACUUCCUCGCCAAUGUCGGGCCCGGCGACCUUUGGUACUUCCCUCCAGGCAUCCCACACUCGCUGCAGGCUACAGGUGAUGACCCGGACGGCACGGAGUUCCUUCUGAUUUUCGACGAGGGUGAUUUCAGAGAGCUGACACUGUUUGAAGAUGCAACUUUCCUUCUGACUGACUGGAUGGCACAUGUUCCCAUGGAUGUUCUUUCGAAGAGCUUCGGGCUCCCUAUUUCGGCUUUCGACCACAUACCGUCCAAGGAACUGUACAUCUUCCCCGCUCCUGCGCCGACACGCACUGCGGCCAUCUCUGACCCUCAGGGACAGGUGGAUAACCCCUUCUCGUAUGCACUCUCGAAGGACCCAGUCACGCAGAUGGAUGGUGGAACAGUCAAGAUAAUCGAUUCGACGAAGUUCAAGAUCGCCACCUCUAUUGCCGCCGCUGACGUCACGGUUGAGCCUGGUGCCAUUCGCGCACUUCAUUGGCAUCCCACUCAGGACGAGUGGACCUUCUUCCUCUCUGGACAAGCUCGUAUGACGCUCUUCGCCGCCCAAAGCAACUCUCGGACCUUUGACUAUCAGGCCGGAGACAUCGGUUACGUCCCAGCAUCAUUUGGCCACUACGUCGAGAACGUCGGCAAUGAUACACUGCACUUCCUUGAGAUCUCGAACACCGAUCGUUUCCAGGACAUCAGUUUGACUCAAUGGUUGGCGCUUACCCCUCCAGAGCUCGUGAAAGCUCAUCUAGGGUUUGAUGAUGCCACAAUUGCCAUGCUCAACAAAACCAAACAACAAGUUGUCCAGGGAUGA